AUGGACGAAUACUCAUCGUCCGUCUGCUGCAGUGAAUAUGAUUUUACUGUAUCAAAUAAUUUAAAAUUUUAUAGACCUUGUAGUCUUGAUGAAUUAGUAACAUUAACAAAUUUUAAUAAAAAAGAAAUUCAAGUUAUUUAUCAAGGUUUUAAACAAGAAUGUCCAUCUGGUAUUGUUAAUGAAGAAACAUUUAAAAAUAUAUUUGGACAUUUUUUUCCAUUUGGUGAUACAAAACAAUAUGCUCAUUUAAUAUUUUCAACAUUUGAUUUACGUUCAUCAGGUAUUGUUACAUUUGAAGAUUUUCUUAUUGGUUUAUCAACAUUAUGUCGUGGAACAAUUGAAGAUAGACUUAAAUGGAUAUUUAAGUUAUAUGAUAAUAGAAAAACAGGAAGAUUAACAAAAGAUGAUUUUCAUGUGAUUGUUUGUGCUGUUCAUUCUCUACUUGGUAAUGCAUCCAAUCGUCAUACUGAUUAUACAAUCACUCAAGAACAUACAACUAUAGUCUUUCAAAAAUUUGACCAAAAAAAUCAAGGAUAUAUUACCAUAGAAGAUUUUGUAUCAAUUUGUUUGCAAGAUUCAAGUAUUGUUCAAUCGAUUGAAGCUUUACGUAUAACUGUGUGA